AUGGACAGGUUACACUCCUCCAUGCGUAAAAGGCUCUACAGCUUGCCACAGCACAUUGGACAGAAAGCAUCUAUCAUGGGAGAAGGAGAAGACGCAGACAAGGACACCCGGAGGAAGAGUCUCAGGAUGAAGCCUCUACCGUCACCGUCGCCGACCUCUGCGGGAAGCUGCAAAGGCAUCGGGGAGACCAAAAGUGGGGAGUGUGGGAUGAUGGAGACGGACAUAGGGAGACCGAUGAAGACCAGCUCCAACGGGGAUUGUCGGAGGUUUCGAGGCAGCCUCUCGUCCAUCACAAGUCGCCAUGUGCACGACUCCGACUCUGCGGAGGAGAGGCGCCUCAUCACCGAGGGGGAUGUCAGCCCGAGCGAGGAGAGCCCCCCCGGAGCCGUGGGCGAUGGGCCGCCGGAUCAAGGCGCGCAAGGGGCCAGCGGUGGUGGUGGUGGUGGUGGUGGUGGUGGUGGUACCCUAAAAGACUCCCCAGACCAGCAGCCGGGGUUUAUAAAGUUGGACGGCAUUGAUCAAAUUCUGCCGGACGACGAGAGGUUAUAUCAAGCCGGGUUCAUACACAGACAGUUAGGAGCGAUGCUUCAGCCAGGGGUCAACAAGUUCUCCCUGAGGAUGUUUGGAAGUGAGAAGGCGGUGGAACGAGAGCAGGAGCGGGUUAAAUCCGCCGGAUUUUGGAUAAUACACCCGUACAGUGAUUUCAGGUUUUACUGGGACUUGACCAUGCUGCUGCUGAUGGUGGGCAACCUCAUCAUCAUCCCCGUUGGCAUCACAUUCUUCAAGGAUGAGCACACGCCCCCCUGGAUUGUGUUCAACGUGGUGUCCGAUACCUUCUUCCUCAUGGAUCUGGUCCUCAAUUUCAGGACUGGUAUCGUCAAAGAGGACAACACGGAGAUCAUCCUGGACCCGCAACAGAUCAAGAUCAAGUACUUGCGGAGUUGGUUUGUGGUGGACUUCAUCUCCUCCAUCCCCGUGGACUACAUCUUCCUGAUCGUGGAGACGCGGAUCGAUUCGGAUUUCUACAAGACAGCGCGCGCCUUGCGGAUUGUCCGCUUCACAAAGAUCCUCAGCUUGCUGCGACUCCUGCGUCUCUCUAGACUCAUUCGCUACAUCCACCAAUGGGAAGAGAUCUUCCACAUGACCUAUGACCUAGCCAGCGCCAUGGUGAGGAUAGUCAACCUGAUCGGCAUGAUGCUGCUGCUGUGUCACUGGGACGGCUGCCUGCAGUUCCUGGUGCCCAUGCUGCAAGACUUCCCCCCCGACUGUUGGGUGUCCAAAAAUAAGAUGGUGAAUGACACAUGGGGACAGCAGUACUCCUACGCACUUUUCAAAGCUAUGAGCCACAUGCUGUGUAUUGGGUACGGCAUGUACCCCCCGGUGGGCAUGACAGACGUGUGGCUGACCAUCCUCAGCAUGAUUGUGGGUGCUACCUGCUACGCCAUGUUUGUGGGCCACGCCACCGCGCUAAUCCAAUCCCUCGACUCAUCUCGACGGCAGUACCAGGAGAAGUACAAACAGGUGGAGCAGUACAUGUCCUUCCACAAGCUGCCAGCAGAUAUGAGGCAGAGAAUCCACGACUACUACGAGCACCGUUACCAGGGCAAGAUGUUCGAUGAGGAAAGCAUCCUGGGAGAGCUGAACGAGCCGCUGCGAGAGGAAAUCAUCAACUUUAACUGUCGAAAGCUGGUGGCGUCCAUGCCUCUGUUUGCCAACGCUGACCCCAACUUUGUCACCUCCAUGCUCACCAAGCUGAGGUUUGAGGUGUUCCAGCCUGGGGAUUAUAUCAUCAGGGAGGGCACCAUCGGCAAAAAAAUGUACUUCAUACAGCACGGGGUUGUCAGCGUACUAACCAAAGGCAAUAAAGAGACCAAGCUGUCAGAUGGCUCCUACUUUGGAGAGAUUUGUUUGCUGACGCGGGGCAGAAGAACAGCCAGUGUCCGAGCAGACACAUACUGUCGCCUGUACUCUCUGUCUGUGGACAACUUCAAUGAGGUGCUAGAGGAGUAUCCUAUGAUGAGAAGGGCAUUUGAGACUGUUGCCGUGGACAGACUGGACCGUAUUGGCAAGAAAAACUCCAUCCUGCAGCACAAGGUGCAACACGACCUCAGCUCUGGUGAACUCGACUACCACGAGAGUGAGAUCAUUCAGCAGAUUGUGCAGCAUGACAGGGAUAUGGCCACCUGCGCGCACCUCUUUCAGAACGUCCCACUCCAGACGCCUCCUUCACCUACACCUGUCAUCUGGGCCCCACUCAUCCAGGCCCCUCUCCAGGCAGCAGCUGCCACCACCUCAGUAGCCAUUGCCCUGACACAUCAUCCACACCUUCCACAAACUAUUUUCAGGCCUCCGGUUAAUUUUCUGGGGUCCCUAAAGGACCCUCCCAGCCGGCUCAAGAAGUUCCACACAUUUGUUCCUCCAUCCACAGCACCUGGCUCUGCUGGGGACUCCCCCUCUAGUACACCCUCUAAACUGCACAGUGGGGCGGACAUGCCAUUGCUGGCCUCUUUUCGGGCCCUGCACAUGACGUCAGGUACAGGGCCAACUGGCUCUAGUCAGCAGGCCUCAGGUAGCGGCGGCCAGCACGGACCUAGUGGGACUGGCUCUGGGUCCAGCGGAGGAGGGGCCUCUGCCUUCCCCUUUGGACCAUUCUCUUCAUCUGGUUCACCCUCAUCUAGUAUGGCCCAACUACACCCACAACCACAGCAUCAACAGCCAUUUCGCUCCAGCACCCCACCUCUCUCAAACCUCUUCCGCCAAGGAUCUACAGGUGGAAGCACAGGGUCAGGAAUAAGUGGAGGGGCAGUUGGAGCCUGUGGUGGUGCUACAGGGUGGUCUUCAGGUGGAGCAGUCGGAGGGUCUGUGGAAGGAGCCAUGGGAGGAGACACUUCUUGGGCUGGAGAGGACUUUACAACAGGAAAGACAGGGCUACUGCCUGGGGCGCACUUUGGAUCUGGAGGUGAUACUGGUGGAUCAGUAGUCGAGAUCUCAGGGGACUCAAUGGGAGGGAUAUCUGAAGGAUCAGUGGGUGUUGCUUGUGGCAGGUUAGCAGGUGGGGCAUCAGGGGGAUCAGCGGGGGGCAUAACCUGCGUGUCAAUAGGAGAUGCAGCCAGGAGAUCAAUGGGAGGGACUUUAAGGGGAUCAAUGGGAAGAGCUUCUGGGGGAUCAGUGGGAGGGGCUUCUGGAGAGUCACUGGUAUUGAAGACCACUGGAGGAUCAUUGGGAAAGGCUUCUGGUGGAUCAAUAGGAGGGGUUUCUGGGGGAUUGACAGGAGGGACCUCUAGGGGACCACUUGGAGGUGUGUCUGGUGAUUCCAUGGUAGGGAAUCCUGGAGGAUUGUUGGGAAGGUUUUCUGAUGGAUCCACAACUAGCCAUAUAGGAGGUAUAGGAGGUGUGAGUGGGCCAGGGGGAGUGGUGAUAGGUGGACAUAUUGGCACUAGAGCAUCAGGAGGAGCAUUAGGGAGCCAUAUGGGGAGUUCUACUGCUUGUCCUGUAGGCAGUACUUCUGCUGGAAUUACAGCUGGACUUCUUGGUUCCUCCUGUUGUCAGAGUCCUAUAUCUACCGGCUCAUCCAGCCCUUUGCCUGGUCAGCUACUACAUAGCCAGACACCUCCCAAGACGCCUCAGGUAGCACCUUUGCAGCAGUUUGCUGGGGGAGGCAGGACUACCAGUGGCUUAAACCUCUUCUGUUCCCCUCCACAUGGCUCCCCAUCCUCUAGCAGAGGACAGCACAGCCAGCAGCCUGUUGAGGGGUCCCAAUCCUCCCUCAGCCAUUUUAGCCUGGCAAGCCUCCAGUCUGGCUUAUUGCCUCACCAGAUGUCCCUGGAGAGGUCUGCCCUGGCCUCCCUGGCCCAGUAUGGUUCAGCAAACGCCUCCCCCUGCCUUACCCCGGUGGCACCCAGCCCUACUAUUCAAAGCCCAGUGGCGGGCAGGACUUUCCACUACAGCGACCCCUCGAGUGUCACGGGAUCCCACAGUUCUCUGCUCAUGCCUCAGUCUUCUUUCCCUUCACAACCUCCCAGCCAGCCACACACAACAGAAAGAGAUUCUCCACUGGGCCUCUUUUCUGAGGACCUAAAGUUUUUAUCAAGCUCGCACCCAUCUCUGCCCCAGGAGGUGGCCCCGGCCUUAGGCCACCAUACUGCUUGCUCCUCUGUGGAAACUGGAUAUUACCCCUCACCCUUUUCUUCGCCCACUCUUGUGCCCAAACCUUGUAGCUCAGUGCCAGAGCACAUGACUCCUCCAAUCCACAUGUCUCCGGGGCACCCUCACCCGACUCAGUCCCCUGGGGCCUCCCCGGCCUUGCCGUUACAGAGGGCCUCUGCUGCCUACUCAUCAGAUCUAGAACCUCAAACUGUCCGCUCUAAACUCCCUUCCAAUUUGUGA